ACAAAAGCUUUAACAGCUGAUUAUGUCGCCAACGGCACUGGCAUCGUGUGCUGCUGCGUCGUGCUCCACGUCUGCCAAUAACGCCGCCUCAGUCACAGUCACAGCUACGGCUGCCACAGCAACAACAACAGCAGCGUCAGCAACUGUUCAUUUACGUAAAUCACAUUCAACGCCGGCUCUCACAUGUGAUGGCAGCAACAUUGCCGAUAGCAACAUUGUUGACAGCAACAAAUGUUGCGGCAAAAAUCCUGUAGAAUCGGCCAUAGAGGCUAGCAACAUUGUCAUUGAAGAUGUUGCUGCGAUCGCACACAUCAAGCGACAGCAGCAUGAACAAUAUGCACACGAUAGCAACAAGUGCAACAAUAUUGAUGCAACACAACCAACGACACCGGAAUCAUUACGUUUCGGCUGCACGCACUACAAGCGACGCGCCAUGUUUGUGACACCCUGUUGCGAUAAGUUUUACAAGUGUCGCUUUUGCCAUGAUGAGAACGAGUCGCAUCACUUCGACCGUAAGACUCUAACGGAACUCAUUUGCUCUGAGUGCAAUACGCGGCAGAAGGUGCAGGAGCAGUGCGAGAAGUGCGGCGUGCGCUUUGGCAAGUACACUUGCCUCAUUUGCAAUCUGUUUGAUGAUUCGGAUAAGCAGCAAUAUCAUUGUCAUGGCUGUGGCAUUUGCCGCAUUGGCGGCGCUCACAAUUUCUUUCACUGCGAAGUGUGCAACAUGUGUCUGCCCAUGCAGCUGAAGAUCGAUGGACAUAGGUGCGUCGAAAACAUUUCGCGAUCGCAUUGCCCCGUCUGUCUGGGCGAUAUACACACCUCGCGCAUUCCAUGCCACAUUCCGGACUGCGGGCACUUGCUGCACAAGAUGUGCUUCGAUCAGCUGCUGGCGUCGGGUCACUACACCUGCCCCACCUGCCAAACGUCGCUGAUUGACAUGACGGCGCUGUGGGAGUAUCUGGAUGCGCAGGCGCUGCGCAUGCCCGUUCCGCUCAAGUACGAGAAUCAGCGUGUGCACAUCUUUUGCAACGAUUGCCACAAGACUUCUAAAACCAAAUUCCAUUUCAUUGGGCUCAAGUGCGUGCAUUGCGGUGCCUAUAACACCACACAGGAUGUGAAGCGUCGCCUCUCGCUGGUCACCGAUGAGCCAAGCACGGCCUGACACUUGCUUUUGCCACGGCCCCAGCGCUAUUGGGUGGAUUCAGUCGUAAUCGCAACAGGAAAUCUCUUGCCAUGCUCCACAUUUGAAGAAACUAAAUUUAUGAAACUGAAAUCGAAACGCAUUGAAUUUAGACCAAAUUCGAGCUGGUAUCGAAUAUAAAUUAAACAACAAAAAACACAAAAAAAAAAAAAA